CACCAAUGGAAAAUGUAGUUUCGUUUCAGGAUUGAAAAGUUCCAAGCAACAAGAACAGUGUAUACAGAUUUGAAACACAAUAAGAGAACAAACACAGUGCUUUUAUAUCUAUUUAUGUAAAAUAAACGCAGAAGAUGUAAAAACUUGCUUCUAAACUGUUGGUGGAAGGUCAUCAACUAAAAUGAAAUGCACACAUGAAUCCUGUGGAGCUGAAAUUCCUGCAGGAGCCAGAUUCUGCACAGGAUGUGGUACUGAAGUACAGACCCCAGUUCCUGUAAAGACAACGCUCUGUCCAUCUUGUAAUAACAUUGUAAAGGAAGGAUACAAAUUCUGUUACAGCUGUGGAGGGAAAAUUGACCCUUCUCUAUUUAUUGACAGAGUUUGUAAUGGUACGAAAGACGAUGGACAGAAGUGUAACACAGUGUUGACUUCUGGUAACAGGUUCUGUCCUUCUUGUGGUACACCUCAAGACACAUCUAAAACACAGGAUACAAGCAAUAAGGAUGAUUUACCAGGAGAUUCACUUGUAAAUGUAAAACUUAGUUUACAAAUUACUCAAGGAAAGGAAGACAAUGUAGAUAAAACUACCCCUCCUGUUAAGGAAGAACGUGGUAGUUCAGGAUCUAGCAGCCCUGAAACAUGGGAAGCUCCAACCAUCACACUAGUGUCUAAUGAUAAGAAAACAGAAUCUGUAAAAGACAUUGUAGUGAUUGUACAGGAGGAUGGUAGCAAAAUAAAUCUUGCUAAGACUGAACCGGAUGUUCCCAGUAAUACUAUUGAAGAGCAAGAUAUAAAGACUAUAGAAACUGGACAAGACUGCUCCUCAAAAAUAUACAAUGAGGGUUUGGAAUUGACUGAUCAACAGAGUAAUGAACCACAAGGAAUUGGAAAAGCUGGUCCAGUAGACAAAGAAAGAUCAGAGCUGACAGAUCAAGUGAUUGUCAAACCACAAGUUAAUGAACUCAUUGGUCCAGAUGACAAGCAAAGUUCAGGGCAGACAGAUCAACAGACUGCUGAGCCAAAGUGCAGUGAAUGUUCUAGUCCAGUAGACGAGGAAGGUCCAGGGAUUAAAGAUCAUGAGAGUGGUGGACCGCAAGGCAAUGAACAUGUUGGGCCAGUAGAAAAGGAGAGCCUAAAUCUUGCAAAUGAAAAAGCUGUUGAGCCAGAAGGCAGAGGACUUUCUGGUCCAGUGGACAAGGCAGGUCAAGGGCUGACAGAUCAAAAGAGCAGUGGAUCACAAGAAACAAACUUGACCAAUAUGGAGACAAAAAAUACUGGUCCUCAGUCUGACCAUUGUGACAGUAAUGGGAACCAGAACACAGAAAAACUUAACAGUGCUACAGAAAUGGAUGAGAGUAAACCUGGCAAAAGUGAUGAACAACGAGAAAAAGAGAAAGAAUUUACACAGAUAAAGACCAGAGAUCCAGAUGGCAUGCUGAAUUUAUCAAAUUUGCACAGAAGUGGAAUUAAAAGAAGUUCUGGACCAGAUAGUGCAUUUGUAGCAACCAAAAGAAGAAAAGAUGGAGAGAAUAAAGAGAAAGAAGAUGAAGUCAUUCUAAUAUCAGAUACUGAAAAGGUUAAAGGAGAUCAGAAGGAAACAGAAGAUGAAGUCCUUCUUAUAUCAGAUACAGAAUCUGUGGAAGGUGGAGAAGACAAAAAUAAUGAAAACAAUGAAAGACCAUCUAAACGAAAAACUGAUGAGAAAGGAGGACAAGUAAAAAAGAUUAAAGGAGAAAGUGACAAUUAUGAAAAAGGAAAGACAACAGGAGAAGAAACAAAAGAUAAGCAUGGAAUUCAGGAAGAAGGUGAUAACAAACACUCCAAGGAAAAAUCUGAUCAACAACCUGCUGAUCGCAAGUCAGUUAAUGUCACUACAGAAACAUUUACUGGUAAAAGUGAUGCUGAAAAGUAUGGAAUACAAGAAUCUGGAAGCAGUGUUGACCCACCUCAAGAAAAUUCCAAUAUAGCAGCUGAAGUAGAUAGCACAAAGCAAGAACAAAAAGCCACUACAGAUACAAUGAAUAAUACAAAUGCAGAGAAUAGCAAACAUGAUGUUUCUGAAAGUGAUAAAAAGGAGAUUGCAAGUUCAGAAGAUAAGCCAGGAGAUAAUGAUAAUUCAAAAAGAAUCACAAGAUCAACUACAAAAGCAAUGAAAGAAAAGGAAAAUAAAGCAGGAAACAAAGAACAGGAGAGUGAGAAAACAGCUCCAAAGAAUGGAACAGAUGCAAGGUCCGUAGAAAGCCACCCAAACAAAGGACUAGGAAAAGCAACAAAUUCUUCAUCUUUUGAUGUUUUCUUUCAUGCCAUAAUUCAUUCAUCAAUUUAUGAUGAUAGCUGUACUGCUUAUAUAAGAUUUUCCUUGAAUAGGCUUGGUGGAUGGGCUAGCAGGAAACAUGAAUUGUUUCCAGUAAAGAAACUUUCAAAUGGAAGUUACGAAGUUGAAAGAUUGAUUCAUAUUCCAAGGGAUUAUUUGUCAACCUCUAUUGCCUACAGUUACUUUGUAGUUUCUGGGAACACAGACAUGAUGGAGUACAUUUAUAACACCAGUGACAAUAUAAGAUAUCUAUAUGUAAAACCAGAUGAACUGAAAAAUACUGAUGGUAAAUUACAAAAAUAUGACGGUGUUGUAAGAGGACUAGAAGUUAAGGAAGGAAUGGCUGAUUUUUUUUGGCGUUAUACUGGGAUAGAAGGAAAAUUGUACAGAAAGGAACUUUAUCAAGAUGCUCGCCUGUCAAUUGAUGUUUUUUUACCUGAAUGGCAGUCAGCAAAAGGUUCAGCAUCGGGAUGUUGUGGUGAAGCGAUGAUAAUGCAGAUUAGAUUGGUUCAUCAAAGUCUAGAAAAAAUUUACUGCAACCUUAUGAAAGCUGUAUGGCAAAAGAAUUUAAUGCAGUUAUUCAGAGAAGCUCUGACAAAAAGUUUGGAACCAUUAUGGCAAGAAUUUAUAGACAAGAAAGAAUUUUGCAAAGAAGACAAACAGAAAAUUAUACUAAAUGCAAUAGCUGUUGCAUAUUUAUUUAGAGAAUAUGACCUCACAGUGAGCUUUGAUGAAGGAAGCGCACUUUGCCAAGCCUUACUGCCCGAAUAUGAAGAAGAUGGAAAACAGUAUGAGAUUGAAAACUUGAAAGAAGAGAUGCCUCAAACAUUUCACUUGAUACCAAAAGUAAUUGUGCACUUUACAGGCGUUCUUAUCAAUUAUUUGGAUCCGAGUUGGUUGUAUUGUAUGCCGCUGGUUCACUUUAUGUACAGCCAAUCUUUGACUGGAGAAAAACCAAACGAAAGUGUAGAGCAUGAUUCUGAUAAACCUGUGUGGUGGGGAAUUGCAUAUCAAGACCAUUAUAGCUUUGAUCUCAAAAAGUUUAAACAGAAACACAUUCAAGAGCAAUAUUUACAAGACAUUAUUGAAAAGUUGACACCACACUUUGAAAUGGACUACCUUUUACCGAGGACACUCAUGUCUUGUAUAGCACUUGAACAGCUACCUCUUGCAGCCAAAUCUAAAUGGAUUUCACCAGACAUUGUACUGGCUUCAAUAUGCUUUUAUGUGAGAGAUGAAAAACAUAUCACAAAAAAUGACUCGAAGGAAACGGCACUUAUAGAAUGUCUGACUAUUGUCCUCAGAAAGUUGAAUGAAGAGAGCCUUGACAAGUAAGAUCCCAGGAGAAAGAGCUAUAUAAUAUAUGGUUAUUAAAGAGGUUCAAAUAGAACAACAGUCAUUUUGGAAAUGAAAGUGC